UGGAUUCACAUGCUGGGUAUGACGUGGCAAUGUUAUAUGUCAUUGAUUGCUUCACAACUCUGCAGCUAAAAGAAAAAGAACUUCGAAAAUAGAGAUUCUCUCUCUGGUUGGUUUUUGUUUCUGGCUGUGUUCGUUGAUUUUUUUCUCUUUCGGCUUCGGAUUUUGUUCUGUUUUUUUGUCAUCUUCUUGCAGAAAAUCCUUUUUCUCUAUCUCUGUGCCUAAAUAUCUCAUUUGCGGGUGAGCUGUGUGCUCUGUUUUUGGCUUGGGAGCUGAUCGGUUGUUAAGGUUAUAGAAAGUUGCGAUCUUUUUGGAGUUUCUUUUGCUGUUUCUAUGGUGUUGUGGUAUGGCCAUGUCAAACAAUCUCCAAGGUUGGUUAAGGAUCCUCUACGUGGUUUUCGCCUUCUGCUCUGCCUUAUUUCUGGGUGCUCUUAAAGCUGUGUUAGUGGGUCCUAUUGCUGCUUCAAUCCUUGUCGGAGGGAAUGUUGGAGUGAUCCUUUUGAUGUUUCCUGCACAUGUAGCCUGGGCGAUCUACACCCUUGUAAAGACUAAUAGAUUUGAUGCACUGCUUAAAGCAGCCCUUUUGAUUGUUUUGCCUGUUCUAUUUGGCAUAUGGCUGGGUUUAAGCAUAGCUGCGAGUGUUCUAGUGGGAGUGGGGUAUGGCUUCUUUACUCCUUGGGUUUCUACUUUUGAAGCUUUUAGACAUAGCUCUGAAUCCAAGAAAUUCUACCACUGUAUUGUUGAUGGAACCUGGGGAACCAUUAAAGAUAGCUGUACUGUAGUUACAGAUUUUGCAGAUAUGUGCUAUCAUUCUUAUCCACUUUACUUGAAGGAGCUGCGUCAUUCUCCUGCUUCAAAUGAGCAACGACAUAUUAGGUUAAUUCAUGUGCCUGGAUCUAUCAUUGCUGGGCUGAUGGGGCUAGUAGUGGAUGUCCCUCUUUUCACUGCAAUUGUUAUAGUUAAGAGUCCUUACAUGCUUUUCAAAGGUUGGUUCAGACUGAUACAUGAUCUAAUUAGCCGAGAGGGUCCAUUUCUUGAGACAGCUUGCAUUCCAAUUGCUGGCUUGACAAUCCUUCUGUGGCCACUUAUUGUUGUUGGGAGCAUACUAGUAACCAUUUUCUCAAGCAUCUUCAUUGGAUUGUAUGCAUCAGUUGUAGUGUAUCAGGAAAGGUCUUUCCGGAGAGGUAUAGCUUACGUGAUUGCAAUGGUUGCAGAAUUUGAUGAGUAUACAAAUGAUGGGCUCUAUCUUAGGGAGGGGAGCAUCCUUCCAAAGCCCCGUUAUCGAAAGAAGAAAGCUUCUAACUCUUCGGAGCUUUCUGUUGGAGGAAAGAAUGGAAAACUUGGUCCUGCUACUGCUGAAGCUCCUGCAAUGUUAGUUCCUAGCUUGGCUCCUUCAAGAUCAGUCAGGGAGACAAUACAAGAACUGAAAAUGAUUCAGGUGAUAAUGUUUCUCAAAAUGCAACAGAUCUGGGGGACUAUCAUGAGAUCAUGUGAAACAAGGGGCAAGGAACUUUUGGAUGCUGGUGCAAUAACAGUAGGUGAUCUCAAUGACUGUCUAAAGGGGAAGAAUGCAAAUGAAGGAGCCAUUAUUGGUGUUGGCUUGCCAUGUUAUUCAUUGUUGCAGACUCUUAUCUACUCCAUUAAAGCUGGUUCAGAUGGUUUUGUGAUGGUUGAUGGGGUCGAAAUCACUCAUCUGAACAGACCAAAUGACAAAUUGUUUGACUGGUUCUUUCACCCUUUGUUGGUUCUGAAAGAACAAAUUAGGGUAAUCAGAUUGGGAGAAGGCGAAGAAAGGUUCUUGCAGAAAGUAGUACUUUUUGGAAACGAUACGAAACGUAUAGAGGCCUGGGAUAAUGACAGCAAUGUACCUCAAGAAGCUCUAAGAGCUGCUCAACUCCAGGGCAUCAGUAGAAGGAUGAUCGGAAUGGUGAGGAGCGUAUCGAAAUUUCCCACCUAUAGAAGGAGAUUUCGGCUAGUGGUAAAGGCAUUGAUAACAUAUUCUACAGACAAGGAAGGUACAGGGAGAUCAAAUUCUGUGAAAUGCAAUUCCAUUAGAUCAGUUGAAGAUGUGUGAAGUUCAGUAUUGUUGUAUGGGAGUUCAUAGCUAGUUUGUGAAUUCGUCAUCUGAGGUUAUUUAUGCACAUUAACUCCUGUAGCACAAGAAUGCUUCACUGAAGGAUUAUCCAAUUUCAUAAUGUAAAUGAAGUUUGAACUUCUUAGA